AUGUCGAAACGAUCUUUUACUCCAUCGAAACUCCCCGUCACGAUUCUCACGGGCUUUCUUGGCAGUGGUAAGAUAACGCUCUUGAACCACUUGCUUACGGAAAAUCACGGCAAAAAGUUUGCCAUUAUUGAAAAUAAAGUUGGUGAAGUAGGCGUGAAUGACCUGCUUAUCCGCCAAGUCACCAGCCCGAAUGACUUGAUCGGAGAUCCUCAAACGCAAUGGAGCCAUAACCAAUUGGAUGGCAUCAUCAUUGAGACCACGGGUAUGGCUGGCCCUGGCCCUGUAGUACAGACCUUCUUUGCCGAGCCUCUCUUGGCAGCAACGUGCGAGCUCGACGGCAUUAUCACCGUUGUCGAUGCAAAGCAUAUUUUGCAACACCUUCGCCCGGGCGCCGGCGUGGAGCAUGAGUGCCAAGAGCAAAUUGCUUUUGCUGACCGCGUCCUUCUCAACAAGACGGAUCUUGUUACCAAGACUGAACUCAAGGAGAUUCAAUCCCAAAUUUGCGGCAUUAACAGCGCAGUAUCAAUCACGGAAGGCAGCCUGACUUUCUCAAGACCAACAAGGACAACAGGCAAGAUACAGGAUGAUAACAACGAGCACAAGCACGACCAUGAUAUCACGCAUGAACGUGAGCAGCACCAUAGUGGACACCGACACAACCACUCGUUGGUGUCGUCAGUGGGUCUUACCUUACACGACCCAAUUCUAGUGGCGCUCCUGGAAGAGUGGAUCGAUGAUCUACUAGAGACGGAAGGAAAUGAUCUGCUACGCUACAAGGGAGUAGUAAACGUUGCUGGCAUCGAUCAAAAGUACGUUUUUCAGGGCGUGCAUACGUUAUUCAACGGACGAUUUGCUGAGAAUUGGGCCCCCGGUGAGACUCGUGAGACGCGGUUCGUCUUUGUCGGCAAAAACCUUGACCGCACUGCACUAACGGAAGGAUUUAUGGCCUGUCGAGCAACAAAAGACCUCUGUUUCCAAGUGGGAGAUAGGGUCAUGGCUAACGCUGGCGAUGAAGGCUUCCAAGAUCUAGUCUGGAGACAAAGCAAAAUGCUAAACGCGGGCUGGGGCUCACAUGCGAUUUAUCCGUACAGAAAGUGUAUGGAAUUUAACCCGAAAGAGUGUGGACGUAGUCAAGGCUGGGACUUUUGGCUCAAUCGCGAAACUCAAAGACAGGCGGCCGUGAGCAGUUUCGAACGAUCUCAGUGCAAGACAGUUGGUCGACUCUCUACUAUUGUCUCAAAUUCUCAAUUGCCUCGAUUACAUUCACAUCAACGUGUAUUUCCAUCUCACGUCUUGCAAUUGUCUCUUACGAAAGACAACGAACAAAGUCAAGAGCUGGAAGAGCUGAAACGUGUGAACAACAUGGCUGGAUAUAAUGAAGAAUGGGUGGAUGUGCAAAAAAAUACAUUUACAAGAUGGGCGAAUACGUACUUAUCACGUAAACGUAUGACAAUUGAAGACUUGUAUGAAGAUUUAAAGGAUGGGAUUCGUCUCAUUGCACUACUACAGAUUGUUUGUCGUGAGAAAGUUUGUCGCAAAUUUAACAAGAAGCCACGCAUGCGCAUUCAAAAGAUGGAAAAUCUUAAUUUUGCAUUUGCUUUUAUGCAAAAAAAGAAUGUAAAUGUGACGAAUAUUGGAUCGUCUGAUAUCCUUGACGGUAACAAUAAGCUAGUGCUUGGUCUCAUGUGGACGCUCAUUAAAGCUUUCCAGGUGGCGGAGAUUGAUGUGGAGGGUGUUUCGGGCAAGGAUGGUCUAUUGCUUUGGGUCAACCGCUCGUUGGCCGAGUACCCGAGUGUACAAGUCAAGAAUUUCUCCAGCAGCUGGGCCGAUGGCAUGGCUUUCUGUGCCUUGAUUCACCGAUAUGCGCCUACGCUCAUUGACUUUCACUCGCUGAACCCCAAGGAUCCACAAACUAAUGUUAAGCUCGCUUUUGACAUUGCUCGUGAAAAGUUUCGCAUCCCGCAACUGCUUGAGGUAGAGAACGUGGCGGGACAGGCUAAGCCCGACGAGAAGAGUAUUACCACGUACGUGUCUCUUCUUUUCAAGGAAUUUGCAUCGGGUGUGCAGAAAAAGAAGGCCGUGACAACGAUCUCCAAAGCGCUAAACAUUGCACAGCGCCACAAGGAACUAGCGACCGAGUUUAACAAUAAUGCGUCAGGUUUGCUAAAAUGGCUCCAGCAGCAGACGGAGCGAUUCCAGACACUCAGCCAGCCUCGUCACAUACCGGACAUUAAGGAAGCGCUAGCUUGUCAUCUCGAUUAUAAGAAGAACGAGAAGCCGCCGCGAGAGGCGCAGUUUGUGGCUGUGGAAGGAUGCGCUGGUCGUUGGGUCGCCAGUUGUAAGAAUAAUGGGCGCGCAGUACCGAAUCUGAAUCCACCUGUUGAAAAGCUGCAAGCGCUGAAAGCACUGCUUGACGAACUGGAAACGUGUUUUGAAUUAAAGCUGCGUCAGAACUUGGAAAGCUACCAAAAGACGGAGAUUUUCCUCACUAAGGUGGUGAAGGAUCUGGAGAAGGUCGAGGGCUGGACCAAGGAAAAAGAGGCGCUUGCUCUUUUUGCUGAUGACUUGCAGGUCAACUCCACUGCUGACGCGGAGGAAAAGCUUGAGAGCGUUGCUUUUUUGCAGGACAUCGAGCUCCCACGCUACAAGCAGCUCUUGGCUACGGUCAUUAGCGAAGCCGAUGGGCUUUCGGAGGAGCACUCGGACACUAAGGUUACGCUUGAGCGGCUGGAGGCCAUGAAGAACUUUAUUGCUAUGGCUGAAAGCAAGAUUGAGGGUGUCAAGGCUAGAUUGGAGGAAAGCCUUCGUAUGCAGCAAAAUGUGGAUGCUGUGGCCAAGGACGCCAAGUCGCUGAUGCGUAAUCUUAAGUACGUUAUUGAGGAAAUGGACGAGGAAGUGGAGGCGGCUACGAAGCUCGAGGACGUGUCGACGGCUGGCGUAGUUGCCGCCAAGCACCAGUUUGAUACUGUGUUGGUCCCCAAAGUGCAGAACGCCGUGGUAAGCGAGAACGAGAAGCUUAUUGAGAAGAAGCAUAUUUUGGAGGAUGCUGGCCGCGUCAACGAAGUGACUCUCAUUGAGAAGACGAAUGCUCGCGUACAGAAACUCCUUGACUCGCUAGCUGAAAAGCGCGGAUAUUACGAAAAGGAGCUUUCAAAUGUGGAGAAGCGCGAUGAGGUCUGUCGUGAAUUUGCGACGCUGUCUGCUCGUAUCAAGGAACGCUGUGUUCAGAGUACGCAGUCGAUCAACGUUGUGGAGGGAUCACUCAAGGAUCAGUUCAACUCGAUGGCUCGACUCCGUUACAGGCUGUUCCGAUCCAACACUGUUGUCGCAUGUGAGGAAGAGGUUGAGGGGAAGCCUGAAGACCCUGAAAUCACCGGAGCUGAGAUGCCCGUCGUUGACGGUGCAUUCGAAACUGAAACCGCUCCGGAGAAUGAAGGAGGUGAUGAGUACAAAGAUGUGACUGCUGAAAGGAAGGAGACCAAGCUGACGCAGGUUGAGGAGGUUAAGGCGAAGGCUGAAGAAAUCAUUGCCCCGCUUACGGACGAUAUGGAGAAGCUGGAACGCAUCAACGAGGAGCUCGAGCGGCUGCAAGUGCACACGAAUCCGUUUACAACGGACACGAUUCACGGUCUGCGUGCUCAGUUCACGUCGCUUGAGAUGGCCGUACGUGACAAGGUCAAGUCGCUGGAGAAGGAAUUAGCGCUAAGCGAGGUGGGCAGCCUAACUCCGCAGCAGGCAAAGGAGAUUAAAGAGGUUUUUGAUCACUUUGAUUUGGACAAUGACGGUGUCCUCGCUCGCGACGAGUUCAUCAUGGCGUGCAAGGGUCUUGGUCUGAGCUUGAGUGAAGAUGAUUGCCACGAUUACUUUGACAAGAUCGACGAGGAUGACAAUGACGAAAUCAAGUUUGAGCAAUUUUCAACCUUUUGCACGGAACAGUUGCAAAGUGGUUCAACAAAGGAUGAUGUUCACGAGGCACUGGACAUUCUCACUGGUGAGGAGCUAACGAUUGAUCAAAUUGAGGAGCGCUUUGAUGCGUCUCAAGUCGAGUUUAUCAAGAAGAAUGCACCAGAGCUUUUGGAGGCAGACGGCAAGUCGGUCGACACGAAGAAAUUUGUCGACUUUAUCUUUAGCGUGUAA